AGUCGCCGCCGCCGCCGCGCGCGCACCAACGGGCUGAAGGAGCCAGAGGGCUGCGCCCCCUCCCCUCCGUCCCCCCUCGCGCGCGCAGCCGAAGGACGCGGCCUCGCCAGGUCAGGCCGCCGGUUCCAUCGCUUUAUUUCCUCCCUGCCGGAUCAGUCCACCUCGGCUGUGUAGGGUGAGGAAGAUGCGACGCUCAUCCCUCCAGCCAGGAAUCGCGAGUAGCCGCCGCCGUGCUUCGUAACCGACGGUCAGUCCGCGGGUUUCCCAAAGAAGAUGAAUUUGGCUGAGAUUUGUGAUAAUGCUAAAAAAGGAAGGGAAUACGCACUUCUUGGCAACUACGACUCUUCUAUGGUUUAUUACCAGGGUGUCAUCCAGCAAAUUCAGAGACACUGUCAGUCAGUCAGAGACCCAGCGCUGAAAGGCAAAUGGCAACAGGUUCGGCAAGAAUUAUUGGAAGAAUUUGAGCAAGUAAAAAGCAUUGUCAACACUUUAGAGAGUUUUAAAAUAGACAGACCUACAGAUAUCCCUGUGCCUUAUCAAGACGAACCAUUUAGGGAUCCAACAGUUUGGCCACCACCUGUUCCAGCUGAGCACAGAGCCCCACCUCAGAUAAAACGUCCCAAUCGAGAAGUGAAACCCCUUAGAAGAGAAUCCCCAGGAUUGCAACGGGGACCUGUGGGCAGAGCUCAGCCAAUAUCAAAAAAUGAGAAACCUGCUAGCAGCCGCGAGAGGGAAUCUAAAGCGAAAGGAAAAGACGAAAAGGGAAAGAAGAUUUCUCAGGAUGGUGCUGGUGAUGGAGAAAUUCAGAAAUUUGAUGGAGCAGGAUACGACAAAGAUCUGGUUGAAGCUCUUGAAAGAGAUAUUGUGUCAAGGAAUCUAAGUAUUCAUUGGGAUGAUAUAGCAGAUCUGGAAGAAGCCAAGAAAUUAUUAAGGGAAGCAGUAGUUCUUCCAAUGUGGAUGCCAGAUUUUUUCAAAGGGAUCCGCCGACCUUGGAAGGGAGUACUGAUGGUUGGCCCUCCUGGAACUGGCAAAACGAUGCUAGCAAAGGCUGUUGCUACCGAAUGUGGCACAACCUUCUUCAACAUUUCAUCAUCUACCCUGACGUCAAAAUACCGAGGCGAGUCUGAAAAACUAGUUCGCUUGUUAUUUGAAAUGGCCAGAUUUUAUGCACCUACAACCAUUUUCAUUGAUGAAAUAGACUCUAUCUGUAGUCGCAGAGGCACCUCUGAUGAACAUGAGGCAAGUCGCCGAGUCAAGUCUGAGCUGCUUGUUCAGAUGGAUGGAGUAGGUGGAGCUCUUGAGAAUGAUGACCCUUCCAGAAUGGUGAUGGUGCUGGCUGCUACAAAUUUUCCUUGGGACAUUGACGAAGCUUUGAGAAGGAGACUGGAGAAAAGAAUUUAUAUACCAUUGCCAACAGCAAAAGGCAGAGCAGAGCUGCUUAAGAUUAAUCUUCGGGAAGUUGAGCUGGAUCCUGACAUCAGCCUGGAAGAAAUUGCUGAGAAGAUUGAAGGCUACUCUGGUGCUGAUAUCACUAAUGUUUGCAGGGACGCUUCUUUGAUGGCCAUGAGGCGGCGCAUUAAUGGCUUAACCCCAGAAGAAAUCCGUGCGCUGUCUAAAGAAGAGCUUCUGAUGCCUGUUACCAAGGGAGACUUUGACCUGGCUCUGAAGAAAAUCUCCAAGUCCGUUUCAGCUGCAGAUCUGGAGAAAUAUGAAAAGUGGAUGUCUGAAUUUGGAUCCGCUUAACCUUGGUGACAUCUCUUCACAAGGGAUUUUUAGUUCUACUGUUACAAAAUGUUGCAAGAAAUCUUUUAACACUUGAGUCUGCCCCCCCCCGCCCCCAUGGACAAGAUUCCCCCUUUUAACCUCUCUCUCUCUUUUUGCACUUUAAAGGGAACGAAAUAAAAUGUUACGUAAGGAGAUCAUGGUAUUUCAUGAAUUAAUACUAAAAACUGUAAAUGUAGCAAGGGAAACCCAGUGCAGUUGUGGAUGUCUGCACUUUAACAGCAAAUGCCUGUGUCCUGAUUUUCACAUGCUAGUCCUUCAUGGCUUUGAUCUGCCAGUCAGAUAUGGGAUUGUAGGGAAAAAGGCAAACAAAGGCUUAUUGCAUUAUGCCCUUGGUAUUAGGCCACAUUGUAUGUCUAGUUAGAAUCUGAUUCUACCUUCUUUGACUGCAAGACUGAAGUUAUCCUGUGCUCCUCCCUCCCUCCCUCCCUCCAUUAAAGAGCUUUCUGGUAUGAUCAAAGUUAAAUAUACGGAGGAUCAUUUUACACUACAGUCACGUUCCCAUGGUUAUUUGGGUAUUUGCUUCCAGUUCCAAUAAACUUGUAAAGAGUUAAAGAGGAAAAUACAUUUUUAAACAUGCAAAGUACAUGUCAGUGUGCUGUGGCAAGUUGCAGCUCUUUGACAUGGGUCCAUCUUACAUCCCCAAGUGUUUAGAGAUGCACAUUCUCCUUUUACACAUUACGAGUUUACUGUGCAACACAAUUGCUGCAUAAAAUGUGAAGCACCUAGUAUACAACGACCUUGUUGCACCACAACUUCAAUGUUUGAAAUCUCAAGUCCGUUUUUCCUCCUGCCUCUGUUGUGCACUGGUAUAAAAUCCAUUGAUUUCAGUGGGUUUGGUACCAUCUUUGAUUUCUCACUUUCCCCACCAGUGUAAGCAAGAGGAAAGAUUAGUUUCUUGAGAUCUCUUGGCCAGGCUGAGGCUUAUUGUACUCUGGGGGUUACGGUGGUUUAACCUGCCAGUACUCAGUCAAACCUGUAUACAUUUUGCAGGGUUUUGUCCAACUGUGUUUGCUUUUAGAAUAACCAUUUUUAAUUUAUGUUUUAUAAAUACUAGUUGCAACUUUGUUGCAGUAUAGGAUACUGAAGUGGUAUAGAGCUGUCAUCUUUGCCAUCCAGGAAUACUUCCUCUUUCCUUUUAUAUCUUUGGCAUGUUCUGGUAUUUUUGCUUGUUCUAGCAUAUUUCAGCAGAAUAUGACAAUAUUCUUCAGAUGUGACAAAUUGGUGCUCAUUUCUGUAGAAUCUUUCCAAUAUCAUUUCUGCAGAAUCUUUCAAACAAGAAAAGUGCUGCAGUUAUAAAAGGCCUCUAUAUAAUUAACUUCUCGAAGUAAUCCUCCUUGUAUGUAUACGUCUGGAACUGGUUAUCCACAUUAUCAGUUCCUGUCAAGUCCUGCUUUUGGAUUUGGUUCUAGAAAAGUUAUGUGAAGGUGACUUUUCUUCUUGAAAAAAAAUGAUCUAAUCCCAUGAGUGCCAGGUGCUAUAUCUGAGUCAGACCUCAUGGCUAUAGUGUCAGUGAAUUAUUUCAUUGACUAAUAGGCAUUUUCCAAACCACCCUUUCAUUCUAGAGUUAGCUACCUAAAACAACUAGUGCCUGGGGAAAAGAUGUUCUUCAGGAUGUGAAGAUGGAAUGGUUUUCAGUUGUUAAGCUUGCUGACUCAGCAUUCCUGACACUCAUUAGCCAUGUAGAGAUUGUGCUGAUUCCCAAACUGAUCUCUGCUAGUAAGAAAAAUAGACCAAGCACACACACGAACUUCCUGUGUGACACAGUCCCCCCAAAUAACUUGAACAAAACAUCAUGCUAGUUGGUACCUUUUUCUUGUAGCAUCCUGCCCACUGCCCCAAUUCAGUACUGCAGUGCUAAAUCAGCUGUGGGGAAAGCUUUCUUCUAGGCAUGGUCGUACUCUCUACCUAGAUCAUCAAGCUUCUGACAUCAGAACAGCUUAUUGACGGUUGCCCUACAAGAGCUUCAUGUCUCAUAACCUAUUCAUUGUGAAGAUCAACUCCUUAGCAUAGUAUUUGCUGUACAUUUCCGGAGCUUUAGAUGUGAUUCAUUUAAAUAGGGAAAUAUCAGUGUUUACAUGGCAAAGUCCUACAAAUAUGUAACUGUCUACACAGGUUGUGUUUGUAAUAGUUUGCCUUGGAUUCUUUUACUUUUUGUUGUUUUUUGUUUAACAUAGAAGGUGGCAUCUUUGGUCAAGACUGUGAAUAGUACAUUGUGUUCAUUUCUCACAGAAGGCAGCUCUACCCUGAAUGGAAGGAAUCACAAUAAAUGUCCUAAUGAUGACUCACA